UAUUUGACAGAUAACUGACAUAAACGACAUCUGGCUGCUAAGAAAAAAAAGAAGUUUCGGCAAGCUUCGUAUCGGAAUCGUAAUGGUGGUGUCUAAAAGCGAACAUCGACGACUGAUUACUUCUAUUUUUAUGUGUAUUUUGUAAUUAAAUAAGUGUUCAUUAUAUAUUUAAUGCAGUGGCUGCGGCCAUAUCAUGCUUGCUUAUGUCGGGUGUAGCUAAAACUGCAGUGUCUGUUGAGGAGGGUGGAAAUCAGUGUAGAAAACGUUCUCUUCUUACGAACGAUCAGUGCAAUAAUAAAAGAUCUAAAUCCGACGAAAUGAGUGCCAAUGAAAAGAAAUCUAAUUUCUCAAUGUUAACUCCAAACUCUAAUGGAACUGUUAUGAUGAUGACUAAACCUGGUGCAUCAGCCAAAAAGCUGGUGAUAAAGAAUUUCAAGAGCAAACCGAAUCUUCCAGAAAAUUAUCAAGAAACGACAUGGAGCAAAUUGCGGGAGGCCGUUAUUGCAAUCCAAACGUCGAAGGCCAUUGCCUAUUCCCUAGAAGAACUUUACCAGGCAGUAGAAAAUAUGUGUAGUCACAAGAUGGCAUCUCAAUUAUAUGUGAACCUAACAAAUCUAGUGGAAGCCCAUGUAAAGGCCAAUAUAGAACAAUUCCUGUCAGAAAGCAUGGACCGGCAAGUUUUCCUCAAGCGGAUGGAUGACUGCUGGCGUGCUCACUGCCGCCAAAUGAUUAUGAUACGUAGCAUCUUCCUAUACCUAGAUCGUACUUAUGUACUCCAAAAUCCUAGUAUACACUCCAUUUGGGAUAUGGGUCUGGAUCUAUUCCGACACCACAUAGCGAUGAACACUCUUGUUCAGACCCGCACUGUGGAUGGUCUAUUGUUAUUGAUUGAGAAGGAGCGAGGAGGCGACGCUGUUGAUAUUUCACUGUUGAAAAGUUUAUUAAGAAUGCUCUCUGAUCUACAAAUCUACCAGGAUGCAUUUGAACAGAAGUUUCUAUUGGCGACUGAGCGUCUGUAUGCGGCGGAAGGCCAGCGGCUAAUGCGCGAGCUGCCCGUGCCUCAAUACUUGGCCCAUGUCGAGAAACGUUUACGUGAAGAGAACGAACGACUGCUGCAUUAUCUAGACCACUCUACAAAAUGGCAAUUAAUUCACACCGUGGAACGUCAGUUGCUUAGCGAACACCUCAGUGGUAUAUUGAGCAAAGGCUUGAAAACUCUAAUGGAUGGACCUCGCUUGUCUGACCUCAGUACUCUAUACAGUCUGUUCAGUCGUGUGAAGGACGGCCUCAAUGAGCUCUGUAACCACUUCAACGCAUACAUCAAGACAAAAGGUCGCACCAUAGUAAUAGAGCCGGAGCGUGACAAGAGCAUGGUGGCGGAACUGCUGGAAUUCAAGGAACAGCUGGACCACGUGGUGGGCACCUGCUUCCAGCGGAACGAGAAAUUCACCUACUCUGUUAGAGAGGCGUUCGAGCACUUCAUCAAUCAAAGACAGAACAAACCCGCCGAACUUAUAGCUAAAUUCGUCGACGUCAAAUUACGCGCCGGCAACAAGGAGGCCACGGAGGAGGAGCUGGAGAGGUUAUUAGACAAGAUUAUGGUACUGUUUAGAUUUAUACACGGCAAGGACGUAUUCGAGGCUUUCUACAAGAAAGACUUGGCUAAGAGGCUGCUAGUCGGCAAGUCCGCCUCUGUGGACGCCGAGAAAUCUAUGCUCAGCAAAUUGAAACAGGAGUGCGGGGGCGGAUUCACUUGCAAAUUGGAAGGAAUGUUUAAGGAUAUGGAGCUGUCUAAAGAUAUCAAUAUCACUUACAAGCAGGGUAACAAAGAAUUACAGGUAUCACUAUUUCAAGCGCUCGUUCUUCUACUAUUCAAUGACGGGGACAAUCUUUCGUUUGAAGAAAUUAAAGCUAAUACUAAUAUAGAGGAGGGCGAGUUACGUCGCACUCUACAGUCUCUGGCGUGUGGUAAAGCUCGUGUACUGACCAAGUGGCCGCGCGGACGAGAGGUGCAAGACGCCGAUACGUUCACUUUCAACAACGAAUUCACCAACAAACUCUUCCGCAUCAAGAUCAACCAGAUACAGAUGAAGGAAACGAACUCGAAGAAACUAGUUGUCAAUGGAUUGACAGUUUUAGACACGAGUGUUUUCGGGUUUGAACAUAAAUUAAAUUGA